AUGGACGCCAUCUCAGCGCUCGACACCGCGGCCUGCAUCCUCGCUGUUACCGAAUUCAUUACCGAACUGCUCUCUCCUGACCUAUACUCUAAAGUACAGACGCCGUUGUCUCUGGAUGGCAAAGAUGAGCAGACCAUUUUGGAAAGCCUCGAAAAGUUAAGAAUUGCGCUGUCAGAUGGUAAAAUCCGUUCUGUAACGCAGCAGCCAUCAGCGAGUGGAUUCAGACCGUUGAGCAAUGUGCCCGACGUGCAAGACCUGAUGGCUUCUCGGGAUGCUUCCGCAGCGUUGCUGGAGGAUGUCGAGAGUGUAUUGAGGUGGUUGCCUGACCAGUCUACAUCUCAACCAUUGGAAAGAGACACAAAAACCUGGUGGGGGUCUAGGCUCGCGGAUACACUCGACGUUAAGAAACUAGAGCGGCUUUCCCACGCUGUCACGAGUCAAGUAGGCUCUCUUCUGAGCUCUCGUAUGUCCGAACUAUGUCAAACGGUGGAAUCAUUUGAGGAUGGGAGACGAUACGUUAGACCAGAGCACGAGUCUCGAACAGAUGCCCUGUCUCGGAACCUGGAGGACCUGAGACUAGAAGUGCAAAAGCGGUCAGAUACAAGCAUCUCGGCCACCUUCACAGAGGCGGAAAUAAAACUAUUCCGAGCCCGGCUAGCCAGCUUAACCCAGUCGGAAGACGCCUUGCUCGCCGAUAGAAUUGUCUCGAGCCUGAAUUACGACAGCCGACCUGUCCGCCUGGAUUCUGUCCCGCAGGCACACAAGGACACCUUCCAGUGGGCCUUUGACUCGCGACUCUCGGAUUGGCUCCUUUCUGGAAGCGGGACGUUCUGGAUCUCGGGUAAACCAGGGUCCGGCAAAUCCACAUUUAUGAAAUUUAUCUCCAAGCAUCCCCGGACGAGAGAGUUGCUAGAGAGCUGGGCCGGGUCAUCCGACACGCUGGCUAUUGCGGCGCACUUCUUCUGGAUCGCAGGCACACCAAUCCAGAAAUCUUGGCAGGGGCUCCUCCAAUCUCUGCUCUUCGACCUCCUUCGCGGAUCCCCGCACGUGGUCUCCCUGGUUAGCCCCCACCGAUGGGCAGCUGCCAGGGCUGGACAGUGGCAGAUUGCCGCCGAGCCAUGGUCUGUUUCCGAGCUAGGCGCCGCGCUGCGAGCCUUGGCGACGGCUGACCAUGUGUCGUUAAGAAUGUGCUUCUUCAUCGACGGGCUUGACGAGUAUGACAGCAAUCACGAAGAGCUUUGUGAGGUUCUCCGUGACAUCGCCAGCUCUCCCCGUAUCAAAAUAUGCCUAUCCAGCCGUCAGUGGCCCGUGUUUGAGAGGAACUUCGGCCAUAACAGCCAGGAGAGCCUAGAUAUUCAUGAGCUGACGCGGAACGAUAUACGGAAGUUUGUGAGUGACCAGCUUCAGGCCGACGCCCGAUGGACUGCCGAGAUGUCCGAGGAGGUUACCCUGGAGAAAGCUGAGCUCGUGGAUCGGAUCGUGGCCCAGGCCAACGGUGUAUUUCUCUGGGCUUUCUUCGUGACGCGGUCGUUGCGGGAGGGCCUCUCCAAUGGCGAGAGAAUCAGAGACUUGAACAGACGUUUCAGUCAACUACCGUCGGAUCUAGACCAGCUGUUCCAACAUAUGCUGGAAAGCGUGAACCCGACCGACCAUUCUAAGAUGGCGGGCGUCCUGCAGGCCGCGGUCCACGCGCUCGAGCCGCUCCACGUCGACAUCUAUUGGCAGCUGGAGAAAGAAUUUGAGAGCCAUGGUCCCGUUUCUCGCGGUCUAGCAGCGAUAGAAGCGCCUGGCGGAAUUUCCGUGCGUAGAGAGCAGAUCAUUCGCAGCAUCAAGGAGAAGACAAAGGGCCUGCUCAGGCUCGUAAACAACCGGGUCGAAUUUCUUCAUAGAACCGUAAAGGACUUCGUCUUGACCAAGGAUGUAGGGGAGUACCUCCGCAGCAAGCUUCCGGCGGACUACAACGGCUUUCUCUCCAUCGCCACGGCAUAUCUUGGCUUCCUCAGAACCACACGCCAGGACCACUCGCUCGUGGCUGGCAUCAUGAGGCAGGGGCGGGGGCAGAACACCGGCCCAUUCAUCGCGCAUCUGAACCAGGCUUUAGUAUACGCAUCGGAAGCGCUAAAACAGACGGACCAACUCGGCUCUCGCCAGCAGCGGCAGACAGAGGAGCUCCUGGACGAGUAUGAGGCCGCCCUCCAGACCAUGUUGAGCCUCGGCCACGUCACCAUCAGAGGGAUUAAUUCUCAAAAUUGCGACGCGAGGCUACUCUUCCGCGAGGAGCUACUUAGACAUGAGUUAGCGCCCUACCUCUCCAAGAAGAUUCAUGAGCAGCCUGACUUCUUCGACGUGUUCGACGAGUCGCCGUUGUUCGCCGCGCUCACCCCUAUGUCCCGUAGCAGUGGUAAGAGUCCCCCGCCCGUGCCAGGGGUGCUCGAUAUUCUCCUCCAGCGUGGCGAGGAUCCUAACGUGCUACCACGGCAGCCCGGCACUCCAGGCGUAUCUGAGGCAGCAUCACCAUGGGUUAUCUUUGCGCGGAGCACUAUGUCUGUCUUCAAUAUGCUGUCGGGGCCCUGCAUGUUUCCCGCUUUACGAUGGAAUAAUUCCCUCAAAGACGCUACCUUCGACCGCUUAAUGUCGUACGGUGCCAACCCAAACAUGCCUCUCCUAGAUCGCGUAGGGGCGCGCACCGUCUUCUCGCACUUCCUGGACAUAUCCCUGUCUAAGUUCCUCGGAGAGGAGUGUUUCGAGGACUACCUUAGGACCUUGGACGCCUUCUUACGGGCAGGAGCAAGCCUUGGUGUCCCUGACCUGACCGGUACAGUAGACUCGGACGCUGAAGCGGCGUUUGGGAACCUCGCGAGGCGGCGACCCGAAGAGUCGGUGCUGACGUCAUUUUGUACUGAACUAAAAGGUCUUCUAGCGAGAUUGUCAGCGGAUCCGCGGAGGGCUAUGUUCGUGUCGUCUGUUGUGGAAAAGCUUAUCCUGCACUGUUCUGGCAGAGAGGAGGACCUAAGAGAGCUCCAGUCGGCGAUAUCAAUAGGUUGUCCUGCUCAUAUCGUCACACCUCUGUCACAGCUAAUCGCCUCUAAGCUUAAGGGUGAUCAGGAGUAG